GGAAAACAGUCAUCGGUUUAUUAUGAACGUGAACAUUUAAUGCUCCAAUAGAACGCCGCGUUGCUAACGGCACUGAUUCUUAAUCCAAUCGUCGAUAAGCACACUUAGACGUGUCGUCACAUGAUCAAUGCGCGUUCACCACUCCUAUUUUGAGAAGCAUCAUGGCAGCUCUGGGAGUGGACGUUAAUGUGGGGAAUGAUGACGGAGAAUCAAAUGCAGCUAUCAAAGUUCCCGAACGCGUUUUACGAAGAGAUCAAGCGAGGCUGGAGGAGGCAGAGCGCCGGAGAAACGCCAAGGAGAGCCAGACCGUAACAGAAGAAAAGAGCGAUUUCUUCACGUCCACCUUUAAUGAUGAGAAGACAACAGUGGAGGAGAUGCUCUAUAGCUGUAACCAUAAUGACCGCGACAAAUCCCAAAACACACUGGAAGAGGCCACUUUGAAAAUCCAACAGCUGCAGAAGUUUUUCAAUGACAGCAUGAUGUUUCUAACGCAGUAUGAAAUAAGACAGGCGCAAGCAUCCCUGCAGAAGCUCCAGAGCUCUCUUGCUGAGAAAAGAGAUGAGCUGUUGCCUAAAAAAAAAUUCGCCUUUAGAUCCAAGAACACCGGAGCAAGUAAGCAGCCCACACCGGAUCAACAAACAUCAGAUAAAUCUGAUGCGGCUGGUACUGUAGUGGUGGAUGCUGCCGUCUCUGUAUAUCAGUGUGGGUUCUCUAAUGCUGAUAGUCAAGUCUUAAUCAAGCAAGCUGAGGAGAUCCAGCAACGAGAUGUUCUGUUAUCUCAUCUCACUAACUGUAAAGUCAGGCUUUAUGGCUGUCCGAGCACUGUGCACAUCAAGAACGUCCGCGGCUGCGAGAUCCUCAGCGGGCCAGUCUCCAGCUCUGUUUUCGUAGACCAGUGCACUGACAGCACUUUAUCAUUCCCCUGUCAGCAGCUGCGCACCCAUAACACCACUGCCACUCGGAUAUAUCUGCAUGUGACCAGCCGGGCAAUUAUAGAGGACUGUCAUGGGGUCCAGUUUGCUCCAUUUGCAUGGAGUUAUCCAGGAAUUGAGGAUCAUUUCAAAGUAGCUGGACUUGAUCCAAACAGAAAUAAUUGGAGAGAAGUGGAUGAUUUCAAUUGGCUUGCUGCUGGCACACCUUCACCCAACUGGACUGUCAUUCCUGAGGCUGAGAGAAUAUGUAGUUGGGAUGUUGUGGGACAAGAAUCCUUACAGUUAUAAUCUGAUUACAUUAUUGUGUGCCUAGUCAAUAUGACGCUAAAACUGAGAUGCUGUAAACAAUAAAUGUUCUAGAAUUCCUCACUUACAAAUGAAUUGAUAAUUUAUUAAAAUUAAAAUUAACAAUGAUGAAUACAAGUAUUUGAAUGCUGUAAAGAAUAAUAAAGUCUGAUUCGAUUA